CCUGGAGCGUAGCAUCUGUGAUCUCUCUCUCUCUCUCUCUCUCUCUCUCUCUCUCUCUCUCUCUCUCUCUCAAUCAAAUCGCAAAAGCAGCCCGGAGUCUCGCCGGCAUUUCUCCACCGGCGGAGAUUCGUUCCCGGGAAUCACUCUGUAAAAGAAUUUUCUCUCUCUAGCUACACGUGUCUAUGUCGCUGAAACAUGCUCUCCAUGUCUCCCUCUAGAUUUUGAGGAAAUGCUGAUAUCUUAGCUUGAUUCGCCGAAGCUGAAUUCAAGGGAUUUCCGAGAGAUUUGGCUGCUUUACAGAAAGAUUUAGAGCUUCAUUCUACUCUGUUUGAAGCUCACAAGGACUGUAAAGUAGGCCACCACAUUGAUCUCCGUUAAAGGGCGUUACUGAUUUUGACUCCUUGUUUUGACACAGAGAGAGAGAGAGAGACAGAGCUUCAUUUCAAGGUAAAGUAAAAUAAAGAAAAACAGAAAAAAGGGGUGAAUUUAAAAAAAGGGGGAAAUGCUGACGUGUAUAACAUGUUCGAAGCGAAGGAAUGAAGACGAUGACGACGACGAGGUGGGGGCGCGUGGAACUCCGUCUUCAAGAGAUUCUGUCAAAGGCCUGACGUCCCAGAUAAAGGACAUGGCACUGAAAAUGUCGGGUUCCUGUAAAGGCUCUAGUAGCUACAAGAGAGGACAACGGCCCUUCCCAGAGUUCGACACCAUCUCAGAAGGGGUCCCCUACCCCUCCUACAUGCAACCAGGAAGCUCGAGCUCAACACCCGCGUGGGAUUUUACUAGAACCGGUCACCGCCCGAGUGGAUCAGAUUCAAGGUUCACUAGGGCUUUUGGUGGUGACCGGACCCCUGGAGGUGGUGAAGUGGUGCUAGAUGAUGAGGAUGAACCCAAAGAAUGGAUGGCACAGGUGGAGCCUGGGGUUCAAAUUACUUUUGUGUCUCUUCCUAAUGGUGGGAAUGAUCUCAAACGAAUCCGAUUCAGCCGAGAAAUGUUUGACAAAUGGCAAGCUCAACGGUGGUGGGGCGAGAACUAUGAUCGAAUCAUGGAGCUCUACAAUGUUCAGAAAUUCAAUCAACAAGCUCUUGACACUCCCUCUAGGUCUGAGUGUGAGAGAGAUUCUUCUUACUCGAAACUUGGAUCGGCUAGAGAAAGCCCGAUGGCUCCAUCACUAAACAAAGAAUGGACUCCAAGAAACUACUAUAAACCUUCUGGGAGUAAGGGGUAUCUCCCACCGGAGCAUUUAGAUCAAGGAGGCAGCCACCACUACUAUGCUGCCGGGUCAAGUACUGCGUAUGGCACCGGAGCCCCUAAGGGUGAGACAUCAUCAAUGGACGCUUCAAGAACAACCACCUCAUCUAGAGAUGAGGCUUCAGUUUCGAUUAGCAAUGCCAGCGACAUUGAUUCGGAAUGGAUUGAAGAAGAUGAGCCUGGGGUGUACAUUACCAUUAGACAAUUAGCUGAUGGCACCAGAGAGCUACGGCGUGUAAGAUUCAGCCGCGAAAGGUUUGGAGAAGUACACGCGAAGGUCUGGUGGGAACAGAAUAGGGAUAGGAUACAAGCUCAAUAUCUUUGAGUUAUUUGUUUUUUCUCACAGGCCAAAGAUGUCCUCACAUUUACUCUUGAUAUGGUAUCAUCAAAUUCGUUUCGGCAUAUGACGUUACAAUUCUAUCCACUAAUACUGACACCACAGAUCAGAUUCUCCUUUUAACAUUUCAAUAUUGAAAUGGCACCAUGUUUUGAUUUUUCGCAAGGAAUCAGUGCACAGAGUGGCCAUAAUCUAGCAAGUAGAUAGACAGUAACUCAAAUGAAUGCCAUUUGAGGCACAGCUAUUGUUUAGUUUCUGGAGGCUCUUAUUUCUCAGAGAUAUGUGUUUUGUGAUCAUCACAGUUCACACCAACAGUUUGUAAGUUUCUCUGACAUUAUUUACCGAAGAAAAGUUUCUCCGAAUUUA